AUGGCUUUUCAGCAGAGCGAACCCACGCCUCCAGCGACUCAGUCGUCUCUAUCAUUUACGCAAGGAUUCUUGUUGGGCCAGCUAUCUGUGGUAUUGCUGAUCGGUGCUUUCAUCAAGUUCUUCAUAUUCGGCGAAGCACCACCACCGCCGUCCCGAGGCCUUCGAGCUUCGACCCAUCGACGCUCCAAUUCGAUCUUUUCACAAGAUGGACCUCCAAGGUCAUUAAGAGAGAAACCGUCUACGUCCAACGUACUUCGCCCUGUCCCAUCGUCUGCCACCAACACACGGUCUAUACUCCGCAAGACAUACUACAGUGCGAUCCCUCCUAGCUCAGCUCCAAAAAACGGCAGGCAUAGAAUUCACCAUUCUUCGCAUCAACCCGAGUCUUUGGAUUGGUUCAAUGUGUUGAUUGCGCAGACAAUUGCACAGUAUAGGCAGACGGCAUACUUGUUAAAGGACUCUCCGACGUCAUCCAUACUCCAAUCGUUGAACGCGGCUCUCAAUAACCCUGAUAAGAAGCCUUCAUUUAUCGACAAGAUUAAAGUCACCGAUAUCUCACUCGGAGAAGAGUUUCCCAUUUUCAGCAACUGCCGGAUUAUUGCCGUCGAUGAUCCCAUGUCUGAUGGUGGAAGGCUUCAAGCCCUGAUGGACGUCGAUUUAAGCGACGAUAACCUCUCCAUUGCUGUUGAAACUUCCCUCGUGCUCAAUUACCCCAAGCCGUGCUCCGCGAUCCUGCCAGUCGCCCUGUCAAUAUCUGUUGUUCGCUUCUCAGGGACACUGUGCAUAUCCCUUGUGCCCGCUUCUACCCCACCCCUUCACACACCAUCUCCUAUGCCAUCACCUCCAACCGCAGAAACGCAGGGUCCCACUGUUGCGGCGCAAGCGGCCGACGCGCAAGCCUCUGAUCAGACACGGUCCUCUCCGAAAAGUAACGUCGCAUUCUCUUUCUUGCCGGACUAUCGACUCGACCUGUCAGUGCGAUCGCUGAUUGGCUCCCGGAGCAGACUUCAGGAUGUGCCCAAGGUUGCACAGUUAGUCGAAGCCCGUGUGCACGCUUGGUUUGAAGAACGGGUCGUCGAGCCUCGGGUGCAGGUUGUUGGCCUACCAGACUUGUGGCCACGCAUGGGUAGAACAGGUGUACGCACGGGGGACGACUCUGAGACCGGCUCGAAUACUGCGUCCCGGUCUGCAAUGUCGGUGGACAUGGGUGGCCCGCUUCGGGGCGAUGACGGUGAUCGAGAGCCGGACCCGCUCAGGUUUCGAGGACUAGGCCCCCGACCACCCAUACCGUUCGAUGCUAUUUCCCGAACGAGCAGCUACCAGGUGGAGACCGGUGGUGCUCGUAGUCCUAGUCUGACGCGAGAGCGGAGUCUAGGAGAUGACUUCCAUAUGCCAGGCGCAAUGCCAGAGGUUUCGGGCCCCAAUUAA